ACAACUUUCCUUAAAAUAAUAAUAAAAAAAACUCAAAAAGCUUCUUCUCCUCCCCUAUAUAAACCCCAUUCUCUCCUCCUUUGUAACAUUCUUUCAACCUUUUGGUUCUACAACUUCCCUCUUUGCAAAGAUCUUUUUUGUGAAUACUUUCACUUGCUGUCUGGAUUUGGAUAUUCUACAAAAGAAAUUUUUGGUUUCUGGAAGAUUGAUUGGGGUUUCUUACAAAGUUCCAAUGUUUGAUUCUUAGUUUCAAAAUUUCUUCAUGUCAUUCUCUACUCGCGUGCGUCGAGUUCGGAUUCUGCAUUCUUUCUCAGUAGUUUUUCUUUACUGGUUCUACGUGUUUUCAUGAACUAGCCCUCAUCAUUGUCUUUUUCCAAUUUGAUUUAGAAAUUCCAUAGCCACACUAUCAAAAGUUUGGUGCUUGAACAAAUUAUACAUAGUUACCUAUUAUUCCAUUUUUUUAUCAUUCAUCCAAUCUGCCUGAGAGACAUGGCUUCGACUCCACAAUUGGUGAGUUCUGGUUCAGAUGCAGACCAGAGGUAUGCAAAGUUUGACGAAAGGAAAAGGAAGAGAAUGGAAUCCAACCGUGAGUCUGCCAAGAGGUCACGGAUGAAGAAGCAGCAGCGUUUGGAGGAGUUAUGUAGCGAAACAACACAGCUGCAGAACCAGAACAGUAUCUGCCACAAUAAGAUUGAUUCUGUUGAAAGGAACUAUCGUGCCAUUGAUGCAGAGAACAAUGUGCUGAGGGCUCAGCUGGCAGAAUUGACUGAACGGUUGAAUUCACUGAACUCACUCACCCAAUUUUGGGCUGAUACUACUGGAUUUCCUGUGGACAUUCCUGAAAUUCCGGACACUUUGCUGGAGCCAUGGCAACUGCCUUGCCCAAUUCAACCUAUCACUGCUUCUGAUAUGUUCCAGUUUUGAGCUGCUGGUCUGAUGAUUUACGAGAAUGGAAUAGAGAAAAGCGUAUUAAAUAUCUAGUUUGAUAUUAGCAUUGUAGCUUUUGUUUCUGACUAGUCAUGGUUGGUUUUGGCUAUUA